UUUCUCUUUCAUCUCUGAUUGACGGCUGUGGCCAAGCCUUUGCCUGAACAACGGCGGUUACUGACUGAUGCUUCCGUAAAAGCCGUUGUUAACGACACUUUAUGGCGAUGUUGAGCUUGUAUUUUGUGCACAGCACCGUGUCCCCACUACCUCCCCUCUGCAUCCCUAUCACCUGUGGCUGGUAACGAACUUGUAGUUUCCUGGAGUGCCAGGUACGGCAGGAUGCGAUUUUGCUAUAUAAGAGGCUUCAGUUCGUCAUCCUCUUCACCUGGGUCUUGAAGAUCUCCUGAACCUGAGGACAGUUCGCACCUGAGCAUACGAAGAUGAAGGUCCUUAUUUUACUCGUCCUUCUUCACGCGCUGUGCGCCAUGAAACUUUCUCAUGCGUCUGUUUUCCCGCCACAACUCGGCGAUGAAUACGAGUGGGGGGAUGACAUCAACGACGACGACGACGACGAUGAUGAUGAUCGCGAUGACGGUGUCGUGGGAAUUGGAUGGCUCGACAGCAUCAUCAGAGGCGGCGUGCCACGUGGUUUCGCGAGCAGCUCUGCUUCAUCUGACGCCGCCGCUAACUCCGCCUUGCUGGGAGGAGUGGGAGGGGGCCCAGUGGCGCCACCAACCGCCAGUGCUGACGCUUUCGCCAGCGCCCAGGCCUCAGCCCUCGCCAGUCUGUUGGGAGGGAACGCGGGAAGCGGAUCUUCAUCUUCAGCAUUUGCCUCGGCAUCUGCCUCAGCUUUUGCGAGCGCCACCCAGAGAAUCCGAGCCGCCGGUUCCGCCUACGCAGCUGCCCAAGCUCAGGCCCAGGCCACGGCUUCAUCCCUGCUGGCGGCGCUGCAGUCGUCUGGCGUAGCCCAGUCCCAGGCCUCGUCUAGGGCAGUGUCGUCUGCCACCUCCGCCAUCGCCCUGGCGCGCGCCGAGGCGCAGGCCGCCGUCACUGGCGCCCGGGAAGCCUACGCCUCGGCCGUUGCCCGCGCACGCGCCGGCGUCAGCACCUUGCGCAGGACCGAGGCCACCUUCCGAGCUGCCGCCUCCGCCUUCGCCCGCGCGCGUGCCAUCGCUCGCGCCUCCGCUUCACGGGUGAGUGCCCAGGCCUCCGCCUUCGCUUUCGCCAUGGCCCGGGCGGCGGUUGUCGUGCGGGACGCGGCUGCCGACGGCGCGAGAGCGGCGGCCCAGGCCAUGGCCUCUGCGAGCUCCAGAGCGCGUGCUGGACUCGGAUCAGCCUCGGCGGAUGCCCAAGCCUUCGCUAGCGCCCUGGCGCGUGGCAACAUUGGGACCCAAGGCGCUCUGGGAGGAGGCUUGCCCGGCCUGGACGGACCUUCUGCUGACCUCGGUGGGCUGCUGGGUCUGGAUGAUGCUGGAUCCUCGAGGGUCGACGGUCUUGACGGUCUUGGGGGAGCAGGCGCUGGAGGAAACCUCGGGCUGCCACUGGGCGCAUCGGCAAGCGCCAGGGCUCGAGCCAGUGCGACUGCUACGAGUGGCUCCGGCAAGGUGCCCGGCUCGUACUAA